GUCAAAUUACACUUGUUAAUUGGGCCAAAACUUUAAUGUUAAGGAAAAUGAAUACGUGACAGUAAUUGAUUCUUUUUAAGAGGUUGCAGCCUUUGCUUUGGUUCCCUGUGAAUUUGAGUUUAAGUAACGCACGUUUACACAAAUAAUGUCUUUAUCUGUUUCAUUCUUGCAAAGCAUCUUUUUAGAUGAGCAUCUCAAAGCAUUUAGGUGAUUAAAUGUUAUUUCUAUCUUGACUGAAAACAUUGGUUACACUCAUCUAAAUUCGGAGCUUAAGCAGAGCAGAAUUGGCCCGUGGGUGCAGAGGUGAGAACAUUGUCACCUGUACAUAGGAACAGACCUUGCAAUGGAUAUAGUGUCAAACUUAUUUUUAAAGAUAAAGUUAUUUCUAAAUUAGAUAUCUUUGAGGGCUAAGGCUGUCUAAUCAUAAAUCUGUUGUGCACGGGCAGCUGCCUGCACCAGUGCAGGGUCCCACUUGACUGCUUGUGGAUAUAAAGAUCUGUCCAGUGACUCUGACUGAAGGAUGGGACCUAAGUCUGUGAUUUAUAGUUAGCACACAGAAGGCAGACUAGUUGGAGAGAAGGCAUAGCACUCCAUUAACUGAAUGAGCACCCAGCUUUAUCGGAGCUAGUUGAGGCCUUAGGAAACAAUUUACACUGGGUGUGGCCACGCUAGUAACAUGGACCCUAAGGCCUUGUCUACACUACAGAGUUUUGUUGACAAAAGUCAGUUUUCAUCGACAAAACAUUGGAGGUUUAUACACUACUGUGCUCCUUCCAUCCACAAAACUCUCCUGCUUUGUUAACAAAAUAAAACCACCCCAGUGAGAGGUGUACAGCUUUUGCAACCAAGUUGUACUGACAAAGACUAUGUCCACACUGUGCAUCUUGCAAUGGUGCAGCUGUUGUAAGGUGCACUAUGUAGCCACUCUAUAUCGCUGGGAGAGAGUUCUCCCGGAGACAAAAUAAAACCAUCUCCAAUGAGGGGUGGUAUCUUCAUCGCCAGGAGCAUGGCUCCCACUGAUGAAGUGCUGUCCACAUGAGUGCUUUUCAUUGUUAAAACUUUUGUUGUUCGGGGGGGGGGCAUGUCUUUUCACACCUCUGAGCGAGAAAAGUUGUAACGAUAAAAGUGUCAAUGUAGCCACUACGCUUGGUUAUGUCACUGUAAAUAGCCUCCAGAAGGUGUCCCACAAUUCCCAUCCUGACUGCUCUGGUCAGCAGUUCAAACUCCGCUGCCCUGUACCCAGGCACACAGGUAUCUGCCUUUCCCCAUUUAAAGGCCUGGGAAUUUUUGAAAUUCCACUUCCUGUUUGCUUGGCAUGGAGAGCUCACAUUGCAUGUUCGCAGCUGACCAUGGUGGCGCCAUGCAGCAAAUGCUUUCCCGCUUGGAGCACACUUGGGUUGUUGGAUCUGCUGACGCUGUGGGGAGAGGAGGCUGUGCAGUCCCAGCUCCACUCCAGCCAUAGGAACUUUGUAGCAUGUUGGAUAAGGACUACAAAUGGGACACAUCAGUGCCGUGCAAAGAUAAAGGAGCUGAGGCAGACGUACCAAAAGGCAAGGGAAUCAAACUGUUGUUCAGAUGCUGAACUGAAGACCUGCUUCUAUAGGGAGCUGGAUGCCAUCCUUGGCGGCAGUCCCGCCUCCACCACCAAGAGCCCCGUGGAUACUUCGGGAGGGCUGGAGACUGCAGACAGUGGAUUCAAGCGUGAGAACGACGUGGUGGACAAGGAGGUUGAGUUGGAGGAUGAGAUGGGACAGGCUACAGGGUUGUCCUGUACCGUGGCAAGCCAGGACCUCUUCUUGACCCAGGAAGGUUUCAGCCAGUCCCAGCACUCCAUCUCUGGCCCACAUGAUGCAGGAGAGGGAGCUCUGAUGUGGCCUUCAGGGGAACCCCCUACACACUGAUGGAGUGGGUGAGGAGAAGCAAAGAAGACAUGUUUCGAGAGAUGCUCCAAUCCUUAGACACCGAAAAACAAGAACACAGGCUGUGGAGAGAGACAGAAAAUUAAAAUUAUCUAAUACCCAGGACAGGAAGGAGAGCCAGGAGCAAAUUUUAAUGGGCAAGGAGUGGAUGAUAAAAGUGAAGGAGAAGGAGCAAACGAAGAUGUUGAAGUCUCUAAUUACACUGAAGGGGCUGUUGAAAAAUAGUAUGAAACAAAAUCGGAAGCCUAUGGAAUGAUGGGACAGAAAAAACUGCAUCAUGGGAUGUUGAGCCCAUACCCAUGAUGCACUGCGAUCCACUCUGCCUUCCCACAACUCCUAGCCGCAGAAG